AGGGAAAUUAUUGCUAUAAUAGGCAUAGUUCAAAAUAUUAUAUAUGAGAACAAAUACAAGCACAAGAACACGCAGAGGAUAUGACUGUAUAUGGUCUAUUGAAUAUCUAUACAAAGGAAACAAAGAGGGCUCCCGCGGAGCAGGUUUUUUUUGUUACACUUUCCACCCAACAACUCCCAUGAUUAUUUAGAAGGGCUGCCAAAGUUAGUCAUCUACACAGUAUCCAGAGCAGUCGGGGCCCGUCACUUACGUUGUCCUGGGGGUGAGUCUCCUUCUUGAAGUAGUCGCGGACAAUGGGGACGUACUGCGCUAGUUAGCUUGCCACGGUCCAUAUUCUAGUCGAGCGUCGAGAGAAACAUACGCUGAUAAUGUCGGUCUGGAUGCGGGGAAUGCCAGAGGUGAAGAGGAGAGCACCAGCACCGGCAGCAGCGCCGAAGCAAGCACCACGGAAGCCGCUGUAUAUUGUUAGCCUAUGCCUGUAUUGUGUGGUAUUCGACGCGAGCAGUGAGACCAAAAGGCAGUUAAUGGUGGCAGGGCAUCGAAACGAGUUUCAAGAUUCGUGAGCCGAGAGAGUAUGCAAAGGGAUACACAUUGACGAUUGCAAUUGGUCCCUCAGUCACUUGUCGUCUGCCUCCAUCGUAGUUACACCCCUUACCACUCAUCAUUCUGCUAUCGGGUCGUAUUCGCUCGUCCGGAAAAUCGUCACUUACUAGCGAGUAAAGGUCUUGACGGUAGCACCGUGGAAGUUGGGCUGGAAAGCGUAUCUGUUUAUCGUCAGUGUUCGGUCCCUGUCAAGCGUCUGCCGCGCCUGCUGCCUGUCUAGCGACGCAAUUGGACAAGCAGCUGCUGGCAAGUAUCUUCUGAAUUCGAGGGAAUGUCGUACCUAGGGCCGAAAGCACUGCGGAACUCGGCAGCACGGGGGGUAGUCUAUUUGUCAAAGGUCAGCACAUCGUCCACCACUAAAUUACGCGCAGCGCCGUUGGCACGAGCUCGAGCGACAGUUCUGCAGCAUUGGAAGAAAUCCAACGUACAGCGGAAACCAUUUUGGAAGAUUGGAAGCGAAAAGCGAGGAAUUCGUCGGUAAUUGGCGCGGGGUGAAUCGUCAACAGGAGUCGCAAAUCAAGAGAGCAGAGUUUCGAGGUUUGGCCCGGAUGAGGCCGGGUGGUGCCUCAGGUUUUUGCAGCGCUGUGAUUGGUCAGUUGCGCUUUGCUGCACUGGCUCCAUCCAAGCUCGCUGGCUGGGCUGGUGAGCUUCACGCUUGCACACUCAUCCACGGCGCAUUUGCAUUGCAACUGCUGCAUUCCGCCAGAAAAAAUGGAUAAAUUUAUAGAUGCGCGCUUUGAGCGUCUCGAGAAGGCCCUGACUGGUCUGAUUGACUCUGUCGCAAAAUACCACCCGUCCAUGAACGUCGCCGACGAGCUCAAGGCCGCUGAUCUCGAACUGACCAGAGGCCUAGGAAAAGUUGAGACACAUCAGAACAAUCACCUACGAAUCUUGCAACUCCGCGAAGCUUCCACUGCUCUCGACACUCAGAUCCGCGAAACCCUCACCUCCCUCGCUUCCACCCGCAACGACAUUGUUAACACGCAAAUCACCACGUUCCCAGCCAAUCCCAACUACCCCAUCAUAUAUGACGAGCUGCUCAGCUAUGCCCGCCGCAUCAGCAAGACCAGCAUGCCUCCCGCGUCCACCAUCUACGCCGCCGGCCCACCAGCCAUCCAGUCCGAGUUGCAGACGCCAAUCGACGGCGGCCGGCAGAGCAUGACUCCUGCUGCUGCAACACCGUCGGUGGCACAAUCGCCCGCUGUGGGAAACACGAGUGCGCUGCAGGCCCAGCCAGCGGCGGGCAUCACACGCCUGCCAGAUGCCAUGGCGCAGUACCUGAACCCGCUGUCGGGCCAGCACUUCUUCCCGUGGCCCCAGGAGGACAAGAUCCGCUCUGGCGCGCUGGCCUCGAACCAGCUGCUGAUCGAGCAGGGCAUUGAUCCCAAGGGCUUUGAUCCUGUGCUGGAGCAGGAGCGCAAGAAGAAGGAGGAAGAGGAGCGCAAGGACAAGGAGGAGCAGGAGGCCAAGGAGCGUGCAGAGAAGGAGAGAGUGCUGCGUGAGGAACGUGAACAGGCACGUCUGGAGCGCGAGAAGCAGCGAGAAAAGGAGGCUGCUGAGUGGCGGCGCGCGAGUGAGGCCGGUGGCGAAGCACCUGCUGGUGGUGCCGAGAAGAAGCCUGAGAAGAAGCAGUUUCAGUUUACGAAUCUGGAUGAUUUGGAUGAUGAUGACGACGAUGACGAUUAGGUGUCACGGGGGAAGGGUGGAAUAGAGAGUUUAGAUAAAAAAAGAAAUGAAAUUAACGCGUUCUAUAAUGCUAUCUUUGGUCUGCUUUUGAAUCCCUAAAUUACACCGUGAAAGAAGUCGAAUCGCAGGGGUCUUGUGGUAGUGGUGUUUUUACAGUUUUUGUUUCUUGUUAAAAGUGUCUUGUAGUGUUUGGUUUAGUCCACCUUGAUGGAGGAGUAGAUGCGCUGGACAAACCACCAACUGGCAAAGUAACCAAUGGAGCCAGCGAGGAUGCCAAAGAGCAGGGAGAUGAGGGCGCUGUAGCCGAGAUACAGAACAACGCCAGCGAAGCCGCUGAAGCUAAUCUUGCCAAAGAGGUUGACCAAGCUGUAGAUGAAGAUGUAGACGCCGGACAUGGCGGAGGCAAGGAACGCGCGCCACUGCCAGUUGUAGUUUUCGGAGCAGAGCAAGAAGUAAGUGAGCAGGAUGGUGGACGAGGCGGCGACGGCAAUCAUAAGGGCGUAGCAGACAAAGAGGAAGCCAAACAUGUAGUAGAUUCUGCUGAACCAGAUAGAGGACAUGACGAACGAGAGCUCGACAAAGAUGGCCAGGAAGGGCAACAGGCCGACAAUGAAGACGCUGGGGAUCGGCUUGAGGUAUGUCUGGGUAGGCGGGAUCUGGCGCGGGAUCUGGUUGGUGCGGACGGGCGCUUCGAUGACGGGGCUGCGGAAACCGACCCAUGAGCCGGCGACGGAGAGUGGGAUGGACAUGACGAACCAGAUGCCAAUGAGGACAAUCAUGGUGCUGAGGGGCACGGCGCCGGACGACUGCUUGGCCCAGAGGAACAGGUUGAGGAAGAAGAAGGUGCAGAAGACGACACCGGGAACGAGCGACGGCGUCAGCGCCAUGUUGAGCUUCCACUGCUCGCCGCCGAGGUUCUUGUACACGCGCGCCGACACGUAGCCACCAAUGAAGCUGAGUAGGGUGUACAGCAGGACACUAAUGGUGCCGAGCGAGCCACGGUUAGACGGGGACAGGAAGCCGAGCAGCGCAAAGAGGAUAGUGAGGCCAGCAAUGACGGACAACUGUACACCGUUGCCGAGCAGGACAGAGAGCAUAAGGCGGUGCGAGGGGGCGCGGAAGACGUCGCCGUGCACAAGCUUCCAGCCAGAGUCCUCUUGUACGCCGUCGUCAAAGGCAGCCGUGCCGCUAAGGUCGUCGAGGUUGAUCUGGUCGAGGCGGUUGUAGCGCGAAAUGUCCUUCUUGAGCGUGCGCACAAGCACCGACAUGACGGUGAGGACGAGGAUGGCGACAAAGAUGGCCGUGUCAAUCAGCCAGAACCAGUGGAUCUUGGGGUCAAAGACGUGCAGGUACUUGUCCCAGCGCGUGGCCCACGCAGUCGGCGACUCCCUCCACUGCACGCUGUAGGUAAACCUGACAUCGAGGACCUUGUCUCCCGUGCGGAUGACUAGCUCGUCGAGGUCGUCGCGGCAGUCGGGCUCGCCAGUGUACUUGCGGGACGAGGGGGAGACGACGGCGCCGACAACGCGGAGCUGGUCGUCCUUGCCACUGACGCGGUGGUAUUCGACGGUGAUGUCGUAGUGGUUGUUGAAGGCAUAGUGUUCGGGUUGGGGUUCUUGCUCGCUCUGCUGGCCGAGCAGGAAGCCAGGGCUGUAGUACUGCGUGUUGGUCAGGUCGUCCUCCAUGAUCUGGCCGGCGGGCAGGCCGUCGAUGAGCCAGUUGAGCGCGUAGUCAUUGGCGAUCUUGGGCACGAGGAAUUCAAUCAUCUCCUCGCUAUACUUUUGCGGGCACAGCUGUUUGCACGACUCGUCCACGCCCAUCUUGAGCUCAAAGGGCGACGUCAUGAUGCGGUCGCCAAAGAGGAUGCUGCCCAGACUCUCCUGGAUGUACUUGGGGCCGCCGUUGGGCCGGCAGAAGCCAAACCCAGGAUGGUAGUAGUCGUAUGAGAGCACAGAGUGCAUGCGGUAGUCUUGACUCGCAAUGACGGGCUUGACGCUGUUGACGUUGAGGGGGACAAUGUCGCCCUUCUUGUAUGAAGUUGGCGCUACGCCCGGCAGGUAGAAAGCCGAUGCUACCUGCGAUGUCGCAAGCAGCGAUGUGAUGAGCGCCCAUGGCGCCGAGUCGCGAGCAUGCAUUUUUGUGUGAUGUCGCAGAGGACGGGAGGGCGGAUGGGAUUCGAGUGGUGUUGUGUGCUGUGGUCGAGCUUGACAAUGGUCGGCUGGUGCGGGCUAGUGUCGAGAAGGGGGAGAGGCGGCGUCCCAGGGAGCGACAGCCAGUUAAGCAAUUGAUGGGUUGUAAGCUUCAGCGCCUCUGGUUGGUAGGAGCGCUUUCCGAAGUUCGUAUUCCGUCCAGCCUGAUUAACGUGGGCGGGGGGAGACGGCGCUUUGUGCAAAGUGGUGAUCCAGGGGAG